AUGGGCCGUCAUGCACUUGCGAAAUCGGCAGCUCUGCUCCGGGAAGUUAAGAACGAACAAAGGACUAACCUUGUGAAGCGACUGGAGCCUACAGAAGUGAGGUCCCCAGAAACAUCAUUGUGGGUGCCACACCCAAGGACAGGGAUCUACUACCCCAAGGGCUUUGAAUGGGUCAUGGAGGACGUCCCCAGCAGUGCAGCUUCAUUCCAGCAGUCAUACUGGUUCAGGACUGGGGAGGCAGAGCCAGCAAGCUCUACUACAUCAAAGAACGAUUCUGCUUCCUUUGACCAUCCAUUUGUUUGA